AUGCCUAUACUUAUUCUCGUCAUGAAAUUAUAUCUUUCGGUAGCUGUCCGCUCCACGGUUUCGUUUCCCAUGUUUCAGAUACGCAGUCAGACGAAUGAAGUAAACAUUUUUAUAAACGGUAAGGCAGUUUCAGUGCCAAGUUACUUCACAAUUCUUCAGGCACUACGCCGGGAAAGGGUGGCUGUACCAACAUUCUGUUAUCACGAUAGACUGUCUAUAGCCGGCAAUUGUAGGAUGUGUCUUGUAGAAAUUGAAGGUAUGUGGAAGCCGCAAAUAGCUUGUGCCAUGCCAGUUGCCAAAAAUAUGAAAGUACGAACAAAUUCCGAAGUAACAAUGAAGGCUCAGGAGGGAGUUCUGGAGUUUUUGUUAGCUGAACAUCCUUUAGACUGUCCUAUAUGCGAUCAAGGAGGUGAAUGCGACUUGCAAGAUCUUUCCAUGAAAUUUGGAAACGAUAGAACAAGAUUUACGGAUAUACAUUUUGAAGGUAAAAGGGCAUUGGAAAGUAAAAAUCUAGGACCUUUAAUUCGAACUGAAAUGACAAGAUGUAUUCAUUGCACAAGAUGUAUACGCUUUGCUUCACAAGUAUGUGGAUUAGAUGUUUUAGGAUCGACCGGACGUGGUAAUGAAAUGUUAGUAGGGACCUAUGUAGACAGAAUGUUCCUUUCAGAACUCUCUGGAAAUAUAAUUGACUUAUGUCCUGUUGGGGCACUGACAUCUAAACCGUAUAUGUUUAAGGCGAGACCAUGGGAGCUAAGAAAAACUAAUUCCAUCGAUGUCACAGAUGCGACUGGAACUAAUAUAGUCGUUAAUCAUAGAUUUGACAGAGUUUUAAGAAUAUUACCGCGUGAAAAUGAUGAAGUUAAUCAGGAAUGGCUUUCUGAUAAAGGUCGCUGGGCAAUAGACUCUCUUGAGUUUCAACGACUUGUGACUCCAAUGCAUAGAAAUGAAGGUGGACUAUGCCCAAUAGAAUGGGAUUGCGCUUUGAAAAUGGCUGCUAAAGUAAUAAAGUGCACGUGCCCAGAUAAGAUAAUGGCAAUAGCAGGCCCAUAUUGCAAUGCAGAAACUUUGGUAGCUACAAAAGAUUUACUUAAUAUACUCGGUUCUGAUAAUACAUACAUCGAACGCGGUAUGUCAUAUUCUCAAACAAAUGUCGACAUAAGAGCUGGUUAUUCUCUGAACGUUAAUAUGAAGGAUGUGGCAACAGCCGAUAAAAUUUUACUAAUAGGUACUAAUCCACGUUUCGAAGCAUCUAUAUUAAACAGUCGAAUACGAGAAGCGUAUUUGUUUAAUGACUGUGAUAUUUAUGCGAUUGGUCCGAAAUGUGAAUACAAUUAUCACGUCAAUUACAUCGGCGAAUCAAUUACAGAUAUAUGUUGCGCUAAAAAUUGCUUAGAAGGUGCUAAACGACCAUUAAUAUUUGUUGGUAUUGAUCAAUUACAAUCUUCAAAUGCAGUUAGUAUUAUGAAAGAGUUGUAUAAAUUGGUUGGUUCUCUUAAAAUAGACAAAAAUUGGGGUGCUGUAAAUUUUAUAACGAAAGAAGCCAGUUUCGCUGCAGCUUUAGAGGCUGGAUGGAAGCCGGGGGGAUUAGCCGCUUUGAUAUCCACUUGCCCAAAAGUAGUAAUAUCAUUAGGUGCAGAUGAUGUGUUCUGUAAAUGGAACCCACCGACCGAUUGCUCCGUAAUUUACAUUGGAUUUCAAGGUGAUCGCGGAGCAGAAUGUGCCUCAAUAGUAUUACCAGGAAGCGCUUACACGGAAGCAGGAGGCACAUUUAUGAAUAUGGAAUGUAGAACUCAAUUCGCUUUCCCAGCAGUCACAAAUCCAGGCAAUUCUCGUCAUGAUUGGAAAAUAAUACGGGCGCUAGCAGAAUACUGUAAGGUAUGCUUGUUUUAUUGUGACAGGGAUUCUCUUUGUGUAAGAUUAGGUCAGAUUAGCCCAAAUUUAGUCUUCUUUGAUACAUACCAAGAUAAGCUCUUUGGGGAAUUGAUUCCACAGCUACUAAACAAAGACGUGGUUAAAGUCAAUAGUCCUGCAAGUGCUUCAUUGGAUAUUGUGAUGAAAUGUCUUGAAGAUUAUUAUUGCUCUGAUACAUUUACGUGUAAUUCUCCGACAAUGAUCAAAGCGAGAAAGGCGGUUUUUAAAGCAAAAAAAUCCACUUACUAUUCUGUUUAA